AUAACAAAUUGGUGCGGUGAGCGGUCGAAGCUUCGCGAUUGAAAUCAAUGGCGGAAUCUGAGUUGGUGUCGAAGAAGAUUCAAGGUUCUUUGGGAAAAUUACAUGGCGAAGUGACGGAGAUUAAAAGAGGAUGGGAGAAAUUGACAAAGGCAAAUGCAGAAUUGACGAAGGUGAAUAAAGAUUCAGGAAUCCGUUUCGCAUUGCUCGAUAAACAAUUGGAGCUUGUUUCACAAACACUAGCUCAAAUCGAAGCUAAUUCGUUUCAAGGAUCGAAACAGAAGGGAAUUGCGACUUCUUAUGGAGCUAUAGAUCAGAGAAAGUUUGUUACAAAAAGUAGAUAUGCCAAUUUUCGAUGGGAGACUUUCUUUUGCAUGGAUUGCUCGAGCUGA